ACACUCUACUGGCACUUGGGCUCCCCAACUUGGGCUAGUCAGACCUUCUGGAUGAGGUCCAGCCCAGGUCUGAGAGGAACCCUGGAAAUGUGAAGUCUCUGUUGGUGGAGAGAUAGUGAGGUCCCAUCAAGAAGGCAGGUAGCAGUCAGGAUCACAGCUGCAAGAAUGGCCUCUAUCUGCUGAAGCCUUGGUAUCUGAGAGGUCUGGAAGGGGACCUCUUUGAGGGUCAUAUCAGAUUUGGAACCAUGUCAUUCUUGAGCCAUCACACCUGUCACCAGCCUAUUGUUUUAAAAAAGAAAAAAAAAAUCAAGGAUAUCUGAUUGGAACAAACCACUCUUCUAGUCAUCUGUCUUACCCCUGGACAGCUAUUACCUUUGCCAUGUUGCGGAACUACAGUGAUUCUUUUUAGAGCAACAGAUUUCUGGAGCCAUAGCCACAGAAAGAGAUCUAGUGCAAAGUACUAUGCUACUGUCAGGGAGAGGGCGGCAGACACAGACAUCAAGCGCAAGGAGAAUGCAAAGCCUGUGCCCUGUUACACACAUACAUGUGUGCACCCAAGAACCCAUGAUUAAUUUCCUUCAAGUUCCCACUCCUGGGUCCCCACCCUGAUGCCAGCCUUCCUCAAAGCAGGUCAUAGGACCCAGAGAAGAAUCCCAUCAUCACUUCCAGUCUAACCCUCGUAUUGGGGUCACUGCCUGCUCUCUAGGAAUGACCAGGUUCCCAAGCACCUACUGGAUCUCGGGGCUGACAUGGACCCAAAUCCUCGGGCAACCCUGGAGCGGCAACAGCUCCGCCUUCGGGAGAGGCAGAAAUUCUUCGAGGACAUUUUACAGCCAGAGACAGAAUUUGUCUUCCCUCUGUCCCACCUGCAUCUUGAGUCACAGAGGCCCCCCAUAGGUAGUAUCUCAUCCAUGGAAGUGAAUGUAGACACACUGGAACAAGUAGAACUUAUUGAUCUCGGGGAUCAGGAUGGAACAGACGUGUUCUUGCCUUGUGAAGAUCCUCCACCAACGCCCCAGACUUCUGGGGUGGAUGACCAUCUAGAGGAGCUGAGCCUGCCAUUGCCAGCGCCAGACAGGACUACAUCCCGGACCUCCUCCUUGUCUUCUGACUCUUCCACCAACCUGCAUAGUCCAAAUCCAAGUGAUGGUGGAGCAGAUACACCCUUGGCACAGUCUGAUGAGGAGGAAGAUGGGGGUGAUAGAGGAGCAGAGCCUGGAACCUGCAGCUAGCAGCGGCCCCCUGCUGCAGACUGACCAAGCUGGCUAUUCUCCAAGUGGGACCCCAGGCCCAGCCAGAGCUCUUCAGGAGAAGACCAGACACUACGCUUACAGUCAGCACCAAAAGGAGGGGAGGAUGGUGGGAUAGUGUACCUUUCUGAGCGUUAACCCUCUCCUGCUUUUCUGCUAACCUUUUCCCGCUGCAACCCUUCCACCAGUUUUUGGCUUACUUCUGAGGUAGGACUUUUAAAUGGGGAGUUGGAAGAUGAGGAAGGACAAGAUGCUAUUGCUUUUCUUAGCACUCCUCCCUCCCUCAAAUCAUCCUGUAGUUUUCCGGUAGAGCCUCCUAAACCAGUGUCUCUAAGUGGAUGUGAACUCCUUAGCACUCCAUAUGAGGUGGAACGCCAGUUAUCCUGCCUCCUUACAUCCUUUUUGGAACAAGACACAGUAUAAAUAAUAAACAAAAAUAAUAUACCAA